AUGGGUCUCUUCAGCCGUCACGAUGCUCCCGAGCCCAUCGUUCCUCUGAAUCCGGUGCCCAGGGCGAUCGGAGUGCUCCCUCACUUUGCACAGCACAACCAGCAGAUGACUCUCAAGGCGAGUGUAGGCAAGUUUGAGCAUACACCACUUCCACCACUGCCCUGAGCUUAUUCAUACCUUUCCGUUGCAACUUGACUUGCCUGCUACUGUGCUUGUGCGCUGCCAGAUUCGAGAGAAGAAAGCUUCAUUCUCGGGUGACGACUUUGCUUGCACUGUCAGUACAUGCAACGUUCUGUUCUUGCGGUGCGGUGCACGCGCCAGCUGCUCAUUCGGCCCCCAUCGCAUUCAUUCACUUCCUUUGCGCCAUCCCCGCCAGGAUGCGACGACGAAUCAGACAGGUGAGCAAGUUCAGGAGUUGUGUGAACAAAGCGAAGUACACGACACGCUACGCAAUGUCUGACUCGGCCGGGCCGGCGGCUUUUGCUUUUGCUUAAUUUUUGUCAAUAAAAGUGCUCAAGGUCGAUGGUCAUGCCUGGACCAUGCACGGCACCAAGGACAUCUACGACGCCCACGGCACAAAGCUAUUCAUCCUGAGGAAGAAGCUCCUCUCCACGCACUUUACUGUGAGGACAAGAGAUCAGAGACGCACAGGGCCAAUGCAACUUUUCUCUCUUUUUUUUUCCAAUGUCGAAUCUGAUGCUCACGCCUACUUCGCAUUUGCAACAAACAGUACGAAGGUCGAGACCCUUCGAGUGAAGAGGUGCUCUUCACGGUCAAGUCGUCCUUUUCCUUUGGCACCAAGCUGCACGUCAACUUCAAGAACCGUGCUUCGGGUCAUGGCGAAGAUGUCGAGCUAACGCUCAAGGGUGAUUGGUUUGAUCGCAAAGCCGAAAUCACCACGUCCGACGGCAUCCCAGUUGCUCGAAUCGGCAGGAGCUUUGUCAAUGUCGGACAACUCUUCUUUGACCAGCAAACUUACUUCUUGAGCUGCGCAGCUGGCGUCGACAUCUCCUUGCUCCUCGCCAUCGCCGUCUGUCUGGACGAGAAGGCAAACGAGGAGAAGCACAAUUAA